AAGCAGCUCCACCCUGCCGCGAGGAGGAGGAGGAGGAGGAGGAAGAAGGCGGAAGAGGAGCGACAGGUUCAGUCCGGAACAUAUUCACCCUCUGCCCGGUCAUGUUGUGGUUCCUCCGGACUGCGGCUCUCGGCUGCAGAGGUCUGACCGCUCUGCGCUGCCUGCCCGCCGGCUUCACCGCCUCCAGAAACACCGCUACAUACAUCCAGGGCCAGAGCCCCGAACCACGUAUCCGUGAAUACUUCUACUACAUUGACCACCAAGGACAGCUUUUCCUCGAUGACACGAAAGUGAAGAACUUUGUCACCUGCUUUAAAGACAAACCGUUCCUGGUCUUCUUCUUCACUCGGCUGCGUUCAAAUCAGAGUGGUCGUUACGAGGAGGACUUCCCCUUCUUGUCCCUGUGCGGCAGGGAGAGGAACUUUGUGCGCUGCGAUGACCGUCCCCUGGUCUUCACCCACCUGCUGCCGGGAGAUCAGGAGCAGCUGUCAUACUGCGGCGGGGCGGAGAAGCUGUCCGUCCCGUUCCGCCCAGAGGCGCUAUACAUGCAUCCUGUCAGUGGACGAGUUUAUCACCCCUGCUCAGAGCGAGGAGGGCUGGUUGGCUUGGUCAGGUCUGCUCUGGCCAUCGAACUCAGCCCGUUCUUUGUUUAUGCUCCGGGGCAAAGCCAAUCAGGACAGCCUACACACUUUCUCUGGGGAGGACAGGAGCACACACUGACCAAUGAGCUCGCAGCAUUCUUCCCCACUGUGGAGGAGGGCAGCGAGAAGCAGGAUGAGCUAGGAUAACAACCAGAACUUGUCAAAGGUGUGACUCAGAUUUUGAAAUGGCUGCAAUGUCCACAUCAGUGUCCUAUACAGGCAGCGAGAAAAUAAGUUGUCAAAGUUGUGAUCAGAAGCCUGAGCUGAUGUUUCUAAUUUAUCUGGCAUGUGAGAGGCGGACCCUUUAUGAUGUGGUGAUGUGUUUUGGCCAUUUUUUGGGGGGACACUUUUUUUGGCAGUGUCUCCCUUCAUUACAGUUUGCAGCGGAAAGUAAUUUUCCUUUCAGAUUCCCCAAAUUAAAUUUGAAUCUUGUUUAUCAGAUUCAGUCUCAGAUGAAACACUAAGUAGCCCAGAGAAAAAAACUUGGUAAUUAUAGCAUAUUUGCUCAAGAGAAGAGUCAUUGGCACUUUGAGUACAGAUGGUUAUACAUCAACAGCAUAUACUCACAGUAAUGUAUAACCUACAAAUGCAUAUUUGCAAACAUAUUGUCAUAUUCAACAACUACAUUUACAGAGUAGCAGAUGUCUGCAGCAGAGCUUAAUAAAGAAAAUAGCCGUAAACAUUAUUAAAUUUGCUUGCACAGAAAAUAGAAGUUCGAAUCAAAUGAAGAGUAAUAAAUGUUCCUGAAAUAAGACAGAAAGAAAACACAGUUUGAUUCUUACAAUAUUUAUUUAUAUGUGAAUAACAUUGGGAAGAUAUUCUGUUGUAAAAUAAAAUAACAGCUUCAUGAAAAGUAUUUUAAAAUGAUUAGCCAUGUUUAAUAAAGUGAGAUACUCUGACU